CCCUGUGCCCUACUUGCUCAAUCUGCUGGCACCUUCUAAGACGUGCCAGUGCCAGGGUCACAUGCUGACGGUCAUACCUCAGGUAUGGUCGUCACACCUACACUGACUUGAGCGGUUCCCCCUGUUCAGUAGGAAGUUUUUUCCUUUUUUUUUUUUUUCUAUCCCCUUUCCACCUGUUGCUGAUCACCUAUUUAUACCUCAUUUCCCUUAAGGGCUGGAGUUCAGGUUGACCUGAAAACAGAGGAGCGUACACAGGAUGUUUCUGGAUCAUUACCAAGGCUACUGGCGAUCACAGAAGUCCAAGCAUCACCGAGUCAGCGGUACGAGUCGUCCAGCAAACUCAACCAGUAGCUCGAGCCAAUUUCCCGAGUGUCCAAACUCCGGGAUGCCUGCAAUUCCGGGUCGUGCAUGACGCUGUCGCUUUGAGUGAUCAUGGAGAACCGACGAGGAAAUAAAGCUCAGUCCAUUGUUGCCUAUGAAACGACUCUUCUUUAGGGAAGUGCCUCUGUUCUGAAAUGCCGGACAUUUCCCCUUCUGGUUCCCUCGGCAUAUACAGCUAGUAUUAUCUUGGGUUGCACCGGGCACAAACAAUCCUUGAAUUCCGUAUUCCGAAUCACCGUAGCCAUAGUAUAGCCAUAGCAAUAGAGGCAUACUCUAUCCUUAACCAUCGGGCUAUAGACCACGGUCUCGGCAAUUUCCCAUCGGCUCGAUUGAUGUAAUUGCCCCGGUUAUACAAGCUUUCCCCGCAUCCCCUCUUGUUCAAGCUGCGUGUCGUAGAUAUACAAAAUCUGCAUUGUUCCAGCCAUGUAAGGCAUCAAAAGAAGAAGAAGAAGACUGUGCAAAAGCGACGGAGUACUUCUGAUCCACUACAGAAUGGUCUUCUAUCCCCCCAAAUGGGCGGGAGUACUCCCCCGAGUCCCCGUCGAUAUCUCCAUUAGCGAGUUCAUGCUCUCGGAGCGCUACGGCCGCGCUCCGUUGAAAAAGUCAAGGGACCCGUUCACCUGCGGCAUUACGGGGAAGUCAUAUUCUGCGGAGCAGGUUGCAGAGAGGGUGGACUUGCUGGCGCGGGCGCUGGCGGAGGAGUUAAAUUGGGGGGCGAAUGAAGGGGCAAAUUGGGAUAAGACUCUGGGGGUUUAUAGUGUUAAUACUAUCGAUACCUUACCACUUGCCUGGGCCACGCAUCGACUUGGCGGUAUCGUCACUCCUGCAAACGCAGCAUACUCAGCCAAGGAACUGGCAUACCAAUUGUCCGACGCAAAGGCAAAGGCUCUCUUCACCUGCGUGCCUCUCCUGAAAACAGCGCUCGAGGCUGCCGCCAAGGUCGGCAUACCGAAGGAGCGUGUAUACUUGCUUGAGAUCCCCGAAAUCAUCAGUGGUCCGGUCCCGCUGGGCUUCAAGACAGUUUCUCAAUUUAUUGAACGGGGGAAGUCGCUGCCCAAGCUGGAGGAUCUGAAAUGGCCUCCUGGUGAGGGUGAAAGACGUGUUGCUUUCUUAUGUUACUCCAGCGGCACGUCCGGGCUACCAAAAGGUGUCAUGAUUUCCCACCGGAAUGUCAUUGCGAAUACCAUGAUGAUCGCCGCCUAUGAGAAGUCAAAUCGCCAAUUGCUAAAAUCAGCUGGUUCAAAAGGUGAAUCCACAGAUGUAAUUUUGGGGCUCUUGCCGCAGAACCACAUCUACGGCUUGAUUGUUGUCUGCCACGCAGGUCCCUACAGAGGCGACCAGGUGAUUGUGUUGCCCAAGUUUGAGUUGAAGACCUACCUAUCUGCCAUUCAGCGAUUCGAGAUUGCCUCCCUCAUUGUGGUACCUCCAAUUGUCAUCACCAUGCUCCGAAACCACGAGACCUGCGUCAAAUAUGAUCUAAGCUCUGUUCGAGUGCUAGUCACCGGCGCGGCACCAUUAGGAGAAGAAACAGCUGCAGACUUUGAGAGACUGUACCCUCAGAUCAAAAUCUUGCAAGCAUACGGUCUGACGGAGGCAUGCACAAUUGUAUGCAAAACCAAUGAGCAGGAAAUCUUCCUAGGAUCAUCCGGAUGUCUCGUCCCCGGAGUAGAAGCCCGGAUCGUUUCAUUGGACGGCAAAGAGGUCCUAACGUAUGACACGCCUGGCGAGCUCCUUGUCCGCAGCCCCAGCGUCACCCUCGGCUACCUGCACAACGAGGAGGCCACUCGAGAAACAUUCCAGGAUGGCUGGGUACGCACGGGCGACGAGGCCGUCGUCCGACUAAGUCCAAGCGGUAGCGAGCAUAUUUUUGUCGUUGACCGGAUCAAGGAACUCAUCAAAGUCAAGGUCGGUGUUCCCAUCCCGACAGUCAUCUUUACUGGAAGGUGAACCAAGUACCUGACGGGACCUUGUUUAUAGGGCUUCCAAGUCGCACCUGCAGAACUCGAAGCUCACAUUCUCACUCACCCGGCCGUCGCAGACUGCGCCGUCAUCGCCAUCCCAGACGAAGCGGCUGGUGAAAUUCCCAAGGCACUCGUGGUCAAGUCACCAUCAGCUGGUGUGGAUGACGAGACAAUCAUCAAGUCUAUCAAGAAAUAUGUGGAAGAGCAUAAGGCGCGACACAAGUGGUUAAAAGGGGGAGUAGAAUUCAUUGAUGCAGUGCCGAGGAAUCCCAGCGGGAAGAUCCUACGCCGGUUGCUCCGAGACAGAGAGAAGGAGAAGAGAAGAAAGGCAGGCUCCAAGCUAUGAGCUUCCUUGUCUGUGUUUCGUUUCUCUUAGAAUAGACUUUUUUUUCCCCCCUUUCUGUUGUUCGCUUCGUUGAUUCCCGAUUAGUUGUGCAUGAGCCCUCAAUUGGGUAGAUAGAAGGGCUAUCCUGUUCCAUUUU